AAGUACUAUAGAAAAUAUUUUUCAAAUUUUCAACAAGACAGGGCCCAAUUAUAUUUUGAGCCGGGCCUGAAGCCGACGUAUCACACGUAUGUGUAAAAUAAUUACUUACCAACAACAAAAAUAAUAGAAUUACAGGAAGGAAUUCCCGGGGGGCCGUUGGAAAUAGCCAAUUAUUCACUAAUUACAAUCUACAACCAGCGAAAUGCUUUUGACCCCAAAAAAAAAACCAGCGAAAUGCUUUAUAAGUAAUUAACUACGACACUCAUUAGUGUAUACUGCAACUAACUUCACACGAGAAUCAUUAGGUGAAUCUCAGAGUGUACAGAUACAUCCGCCACCAACUUUCUUCUAUUUAUGCAUGUAGGUAUUUAAGAUAUAGUUGACUCCUCAUUGAUCAAUUUCACCAGAAACUGCCUGAUUCACCAACCAAAAACAAUGGUUUAAUUACAUAUCAUUUAUUUUCAUAUAUAACUCAAUUUUAGCAAUUAAAAAUAUACAUGCGCGUGUUUGGUAUGUAAUGGUUUCAUGACGCACACUUACUCAAGAUUAUAUGGCUCAGGUUUCUGCUGAACCUUUAUCUCAUCUCAUGUUUUCUCUAUAAAUACUCCCCAAAUACUAACCUAAAUCUCAUACAAGUUCCUCCCAUCUUAAGUCAUCACCUCUCUCUCGAUAUAUUUGAUCUGAUCUACUUCAUAACUAGCAGAAACCGUAUAGUACUUAGUCAUAUCAUAAAAUGGCUAAGUUCACAACUUUCUUCUUUAUCAUUGUUCUCCUCCUCUGCUCCACGCUAACAAACGCAUCAGCCCAGCCUACUCCAACGUCCGUUUAUCCGGGAGAAAUCUCCGUUGAGAAAUUAGAACAAGGAGAGGAAAACUGCGAAGGUGUUGGAGAAGAAGAAUGCUUCUUGAUACGUAGAACUUUGGCUGCUCAUACUGAUUACAUCUACACACAAAACCACAAUCCCUAAAUGAUUAAUUAGCUUCUAAUCAUUCAUUGGAAUAUUUUGGUAAAUGAUAUAUUGUGUCAUUGUGCUUUCUUUAUUAUUAGUCAAACUACUUCACAUUUGUAUUUAUCUAUAUCACUUGAUCUGAAAGUAUGUGUAUUGAUUAUUGGUGGAAAAGUUAGGUACUAGUAGUAUGGUUUCUUUUUCCACUAUAAUACGAAGUGAUACCUAAUCACUCUGUUCCUAAAUAUAAAUUGUUUUAGUAAAAAAACACAUACUAAAAGUUAAU